ACCUAGCAAGCUUACCAAUCCAAUCGGCUAAUACGCAAUAGGAAUCUCAAUCAUUAUCUUUCAAUUCUACGACAUCAUGAGUCUCUUUAAGAUUGUUUAUUUACUAGAUUUAACCUUAUUAGAUUUCUUCUUUUAUCGGAUUGAUUAUUCUGUAUGAGGGAAUUGACAGGAAAUAAGUUGUCAUAUUAGAAACUCCGGGAAUAGCAUCUACAGCUGCAGCCAUUCUCGCAUAUCGGCGGGCCGGGGGAUCCGGAGUUCUUGACUUUCAUCAUGACGAUCCAGCCGGAAUCAUCUGGCAGCUCUGUAAAGAAUGACCUGAGAGAAACUGUCGAAUCUAGGGAUACCCCUUCGAUAGAUGGCUCUGCUACAGAGGACACGCCGCUCCUGCGGUCCGAAUCCGACUCUCAUGUCGCGAGCAGUGCAUCAUCCGCGACAUCUGGCCCGUCCCAAGAUGAAGUGCUAUCCGACUUAGAUACGCCCAAUCAGAAAGUCAGUCGAGGAAGAGCCGUAGCUAUUAUCCUCAGCGUCUACCUCCUGAUCUUUCUCCAAGCAAGUAACAUGUCGGGUAUCACCAUGGCGCAGUCCAUCAUAGCUGAAGACUUGGAUGCGUACGAGAACGCCAUGUGGUUUACAACAGCGUUCUUGGUCGCUAUGUCGUCGACCACACCCCUAACUGGGAAAUUGGCAUCUAUCUUUGCGCCCCGCUCUAUGGCUUUGGUUGUUGCGACUUUGUUUGCUAUCGGUUGCCUCGUCACGUCGCAGGCCCAUAGCUUUCCCGUGUUCAUACUUGGUCGUGUGAUCACGGGUAUGGGCGGUGGUGGUUCUACGGCUUUGGCGAUUGUGCUUAUUCUUGAACUGACGACGAAACGCCAGCGAGGGUUGUAUGUUGGGUUAAUGAAUGCUGGCUUUACCACAGGAGUCUCCUUGGGGGCUGUAUUCUUCGGUGGGUUGAUAUCGGCUACUGGCUGGAGGGCUCUUUUCUGGAUCCAGGUUCCACCAAGUUUAUUGGCGGGACUGGGGAUUUACUUCAGUAUCCCAGGGUCGUUUUCACCGAACCAAAGUUCCAAAGAAGGCUCGCUGGUCACGAAACUUAAGCGGAUUGACUACCUCGGUGCCCUGUUCUUGACUGCUACUGUCGUGUUUUUCCUGUUUGGAUUGUCGAACAACAUUCAAGCCAUCCCGCUCGUCAUUUCAUUAGCGGCUCUUAUUAUCUUCGUUCUGAUUGAGUACUAUGUCGCCGUCGAUCCUAUUGUUCCAAUCACCGUUAUCCAGAAUCGCGGCGCUUUGUUAACUUGUGUUGCUCAGCUCGGGUUCAUGGCGGCAAGGUGGACGGUUCUCUUCUAUGCCCCAAUCACAGCCCUUGCGGUACGGGGUUUCCCUCCCGCAGCUAGCGGUAGUAUCCUUAUACCGACGAAUCUUGGCUUUGGUCUUGGUGGGCUACUCAUCGGCUGGUUACACAUUCGCCAUACUGGAAGUUUCUGGUUAUCAUCUCUCGUCUCUUUUAUCCUCUUCGCUGCGAGUCUAUUUGUUCUCUCUUUGCUCUCGACUCCCGACAUCCCCAUCGCCCUAUACGUCGCGAUCGUAUUCUUAAACGGUCUCUUCACCGGAGCAGCAUUAAAUUACACGCUUGCGCACCUGUUGCAUUUAACACUGCCAGAGACGCAUUAUGUAGCGACCAGCCUACUCGGUACCUUCCGCGGAUUUGCCGGCAGUUUUGGCAGUGCGAUCGGCGGCGGUAUAUUCGCCAGGACUCUAAGGGAAGCUUUGGAGAAUGGCUUCAGAGCGAUUGAUGGUUCGGAUGACCUUGAACCGGGACGUAGCGAUCUCAUCAGAAAGCUCAUUGGAAGUCCUGCUUUGGUGUAUAAUGGCGGCCUCGAUGAUAAGGAGCGGCAAGUGGCUGUACAAGGCUACGUCGAUGGACUGAGGGUUCUAUUUCAAGCCGCUGUGGUCCUGUCCAUCAUCGUCUCGGUCGUUCAGGCAGCUACGGGACGGAAAGGUCCCGUAGAUAAGGUUGAAGACCAGGAGACAAGAAGCAGAAGCCGCCGACACGAUGAAUUGGGUAGUGAUCAACAAUGAUUACAUAUUUCAUAAGUAGGUAGUAUCUUGGGAACCGAAAUGUCAUAUUACAAAAGGUCACGGUCAUAAAGAUAGAGAGAGAAUAUAUGCAAAACAAUCGUUUAUUUACUCCUAUGUAUUAAUGAUGUUAUAUAUGCAAGCUAUAAAACAGAUAAAAUCUAAACAAUUGCGAAUGAACAAUCGCGAAAACAUU